GUUAAAUCAAUAUGGCGGCGCCCUGCACAGUUUGAUGGGAAGUGCAGCGGAUGGAAAAUUUAACUUAAGGAACAUCAGUCUACAGAUCACAUCGUAUUUUUAUCACACGAAAUGGCAGAUAUGAGUGGGAGCGCUGUGGCUGAAACACUACCCUCAAAGGAGGAAGGGAAACCUGAAGAACUGCCCCAGGAUCCCUCUGAUGAUGCCAAAGCUGAGGGGGAAAAUGAGACAUCAGACCCCAGCAUGUACCGUUACAUCAAAGAGGAUCUCUUCACCUCUGAGAUCUUCAAAGUGGAGAUAAGAAACCUGCCUAAAUUCAUAGGCUUUAAUGACCUGAAGAAGUUCCUGGCCAAACACAGCCUCAACCCACACAAAAUCAAGCUUUUUGGCAAGCAGACGUUUGCUUUUGUUACCUUUAAGAAUGAGGAGGAGCGUGACAAGGCUAUGAAGAUGGUGCAUGGUAUGCAGUGGAAGGGCCAGGUCCUAAGCGUCAGGCUGGCCAAGCCCAAAGCAGACCCCAUCCUGAGGAAGAGGAAACAGGAGGAAGGGGAGAGCACGGGGGGGCAGCCCCCAUCUAAGAGAACAGAGGGGAGUGAGGAUGAAGAGCCGCUAAAUGUCCAGAUAGCCAACGUGGUGACUCCUCUGUGGAAUGUGCCUUAUGAGGAGCAGCUGAGGAGGAAGGAGCAGGAGGUGGUGGGCGUUCUGCAAAGACUGGCCAAAGAAAUUGGCAGCACCAACAAAGCCAUGCUACCGUGGCUGUUUGCACAGAAAGGGAAAUACAACAAAAUGUGUUGUUCUCUGGAAGACAUUCGACCAUCUCCAACUCAGACGGAGUACAGGAACAAGUGUGAGUUCCUCAUUUCAGUGGGUGCUGAUGGUGAGGACAAGACCAUCGGGUUCCGUCUGGGAAAAUAUAAAGGAGGUUCCUGUGCUGUUGUUGGGCCGGCAGAGACGUGCCAUGUCUCAGCCGAGGCCAAGAGAGUGGUCAGCGAGUUUCAGAAGUUCAUCAGGACGACGCCUUACUCUGUGUACAGUCCCGAAACAUAUGAAGGACACUGGAAGCAGCUGACUGUACGAACUACAAGAACCGGACAAGCCAUGGCUGUAGUGUUCUUCAACCCACAGAAACUUGAGGAAGAGGAGCUUGAUACUUUGAAGACCUCCAUGAGAAAGUACUUUACAGAUGGAGAAGGAAAAGACAGUGGCGUAACCUCUCUUUACUUCGUCAGAGAGGGUCAAAGGACAUCCCCUAACCCGGAGGACAUGCCCUGUGAGCUGGUAGCAGGAGACGGCUGCAUUCACGAGGAGCUCUUGGGGUUAAAGUUCAGAAUAUCGCCUCAUUCAUUUUUCCAGGUGAAUACCGGAGCUGCAGAGGUGCUGUACUCUGCUGUGGGGGAGUGGGCCCAGCUGGACCAGGACAGCACAGUUCUGGAUGUGUGCUGUGGGACGGGAACCAUUGGCAUCUCAUUGGCCAAGAGGGUAAAGAAGGUCAUUGGGAUCGAGCUGUGCCAGGAAGCAGUGGAGGAUGCCAAAGUCAACGCAAAGCUCAACGGUCUAAGUAAUGUGGAGUUUCACUGUGGAAAAGCUGAAGACGUGUUCCCCAACAUUCUCAAUGCUCUGGUGUCGCCCAACGUCACAGCCAUCGUGGACCCACCGAGGGCAGGCCUGCAUUCCAAAGUGAUUCUUGCCAUCAGGAGAGCAGAACACCUGAAGAGGCUGGUGUAUGUGGCAUGCAACGCCAAGGCAGCCAUGAACAACUUCAUAGAUCUGUGCAGAGCCCCCUCAAACAGGGUUCACGGAGCCCCUUUCCGUCCGGUGCGAGCCAUGGCCGUGGAUCUGUUCCCUCAGACGAUGCAUGUUGAGAUGCUUCUCCUGCUGGAGAGAGUGGACUACGAUUCCCAGCAGAACAGCAGCACUCAGGAACAAGCAGGUUCUUAGCGUUAAGACACUGUACAGGUUUAUAGUGUAGGAUCCAAAGGUGGCAGGUUUGGAGUCACAUCACUAGUGUAUGCACACAGUUCUGUAAGGAGCCUUGGAAAAAUAAAUGUUAUGUUAAUCAUAAAAAUCUGUCUUUUACCAUUUGCUUGAAGUGCCUGCAAGGCCUUAUAGUGUUGUUUCAGGUAAAAGGUCAGUUCACCCAAAUAAAAAUAUGUGGGGAAACAUUUGUUACUUCAGUGAGCUGACCUUUUUAAGGGACAUUCCUUCAGGUGAAGUUACUCAUCAUUUCUAAAUUCAUCAUCAUCAUCAUUUGUGCUUUGGCAGCAAAGCAAUUAGUUUAUUAGUACUAUACUAGAUCAGUAGGAGUGUUGUCUAAACAGCAUCUCACUGAUGCUUUACCUGGUGUACUUUUUUAGUUUCAGAGCUAAUGAUUUAAUGCUGUUUAUUCACUAAAAAGCUGAGUUGUGUCUUUAGUUGUAUCCAAAUUCUGGUACAAUAAAAUUUUACUUUCCUGAAACCUGAAA